AUGGCGAGCCUCCCCGCCAAGCGGGUCGAGCAGAGCUACGAGGAGCUUCUGCAGGAUCAGCUACAAGCGCUCAAAGGCGUGCUGCUUCAGAAGCAUCAUCAUGAGCUACGGAAGUUGGAGAAGUGCAACCGGCGACUACACAAUGAUCUGGUGCAAGCUGAGCUUGAUGUUGAAAGGAUGUCGGAGUUGGCCUCGAUGAGUUCGCCGACCAGCGGCGAGUUGCAGCGCAGCACCAGCCGCAGCGCCGUGGACCUUCGAUCGCCAGUCUUCGCCCCGAUGAUGAGGACUUCCAUGGUCUCUUCCUCCACAGAUGCCGUGUCCGUGGCCGAACGCACGCGGGACUUGCGGCUUUUGAACCGAAGCUCGAGCCAUGUCAGUCACUUCAGCCUUGGAUCCGUCCGAAGUGAGGAGGGCGCCGCGCCCGAGGGCGACUCCGGCUUCUACGUGGACGAUCCGGUGGCACAGGAGUUCCACCCCUACAGUCCUUGGAGUCGCUUCGUGAUGAAGCUUUUGGAGCGAGGAGAUGAGGGGCCCUAUGUGGACAGCAGGCAGUCGAUCAGGGGAGCCUUAAAGAUGCGAAGCACUUGGAAGGUCUCUGUGCAUGACGGAGCACGGCAGGAGGGGCGCUACAAGGUCAGUGUCCUCUCCACGACGAUGACCCACCGGAUCAAUGAUUCUCGGAAGAGGAUGCCGUCACAGAUGACUCCUGCCUCCAGCGCUUUGUUUGCGUCCCUCAGAGCCCGGUGCAGUUGA